AUGUCUGGCGUCUGGGCCUGGUUCGGCGGAAGCGCCGCUCAGAAGAAGAAGGACAGUCCGAAAAAUGCGAUCCUCGGCCUACGGUCGCAGCUCGAGAUGCUGCAGAAGCGCGAAAAGCACCUGAUGGCGCAGAUGGAGGAGCAAGACGCCAUCGCCAGGAAGCACGUCAACACGAAUAAAGCCGCCGCGAAAGCAGCCCUGCGGAGGAAGAAGGGCCACGAGCACAGCCUCGAGCAGACAAUAUCGCAGAUCGGCACGCUGGAACAACAAAUCAACGCCAUCGAGUCGGCCAACAUCAACCGCGAGACCCUCGCCGCGAUGCAGAGGGCGGGCGAGGCGAUGCGCGAUAUCCACGGGAAGCUCACGCCGGAAAAGGUCGACGAGACAAUGUACGUCCUCGGUCUUCGGACCCUCCUCCUUCUCCUCCCGGUGUACAAUGCAGCUUACCAGGAUAAACUUAGGGACAAACUCCGAGAACAGAACGCGCUCAGCGAGGAGAUCGUCGCGGCCAUCACGAGCGCGCACAUCGGCGAGACGGUGGACGACACCGAGCUGGACGAAGAGCUGGACGCGCUCAUGCAGGAACAGCUCGACAAGAAGAUGCUCGAGUCCGGUACCGUACCCGUGUCGGAUGCUAUUCACAGGAUGCCGGCGGUUGGAAACACAGAGAUCCAAACCAAACCCCAGGCCGUCGCAGAAGACGACGACGACGAAGCAGAACUGCGCAAGUUGCAAGCCGAGAUGGCCAUGUGA